AUGGCCCAUCAGGACAUCCUACCAGAUGAGCUCCAUCAAUUUCUGAAACAGGUCUCAUUUAACAACUCUGCAGGGGACUGGGUUGACUUUGAUAGUAACCAGAGAUUAGUAGCUGGAUUUGAUGUCACCAACUGGAUAAUUUCCACAAAUAAUUCCUACCAUCGUAUCAUAGUUGGAAGUGUGGAUCCGCAGGCUUCUCCAGACCAGGCAUUUACCAUCCAUAAAGAUCUCAUCACAUGGAAUAAUUGGUUUAAUCAGGUGCAACCUGUUUCUCUGUGUACUGAGAGCUGCCAUCCGGGUUUUAUCAAGAAAGUGAAAGAAGGGGAGCCAUUUUGCUGUUAUGACUGCAUCGCAUGUCCAGAGGGAAAGAUUUCCAUGCAGAUAGACAUGAAUGACUGUCAUGCAUGUCCAGAGAGAAAAUACCCAAACAAGAAACGGAAUUUAUGCGUUCCUAAAGAUGCAAGCUUUCUGUCUUACGAUGAACCUUUGGGGAUCACUUUAACCUGUUUUGUUAUCUUCCUUUCCUUGAUCACAGCCCUAGUGCUGGCAAUAUUUAUAAAACACCACAACACUCCCAUUGUCAAAGCCAACAACCGGGACCUCACCUACAUUCUCCUCGUCUCCCUCCUGUGCUGCUUUCUUUGUGCCUUGCUCUUCGUUGGCCGUCCGCACGAAAGGAUGUGCCUCCUGCAGCAACCUGCCUUUGCCAUAAUUUUUUCUAUUGCAAUCUCUUGUAUACUGGCAAAGACCAUCACUGUCAUUUUGGCUUUCAUGACCACCAAACCAGGAUCCAGGAUGAGAAAGUGGGUGGGAAAGGAGUUGGCCAUUUCGAUUGUUCUUUCCUGCUCUGUUAUCCAAGCAGGAAUCUGUACCGUCUGGCUGACAACCAGACCUCCAUAUCCAGAUGUUGACCUGUACUCAGUGACUGAAGAAAUUAUCUUGAUAUGUAAUGAAGGGUCUGUGGCCAUGUUUUACUGUGUCCUUUGCUACAUGGGUUUCCUAGCCACUGCCAGCUUUAUUGUAGCUUUCCUAGCCAGGAAGCUACCAGACAGUUUCAAUGAGGCCAGAUUCAUCACUUUCAGUAUGCUAAUGUUCUGUAGUGUUUGGUUAUCCUUUGUCCCAACCUACUUGAGCACAAAAGGAAAAUAUAUGGUAGCUGUGGAGAUCUUCUCUAUCCUAACCUCGAGUGCUGGGUUGCUGGGUUGUAUCUUCUUCCCAAAAUGUUAUAUUAUUGUGCUGAAACCUCAGCUAAAUCACAGGGAACAACUAGUAAGGAGACAUGUCUGAAGAAAUCAGGGACAGGAAUCAAUGGUAUACUU